UAUGGAAAGUACACGUUAAACUAAAUUGUAUUACGUUAAUAUGUGUAUUCUUAUCAACUUAAUCCUUUUCAUGUUAGCAAAACCAUGUCAGUGUCAAUUAAAACUACUUAGAUUAUCUAAAACAUUGAAAGAUUAACAACAGAUAGUGCAAUAAUCACUAAUCACGCCUUCCAUUAAUUAUAUUACCAACCUGAUAUUACUACUUUAUCUUAAAAAUAACAGAUAAAAUGAAGUUUCAGUGUAGAUAGGUAUUUAAUAUGUUGAAGAACGUUUACAAAAUUAUGUAGUUUGAUAUUUGGUACAGUUAUAUUUGGACGAUAUAUAUUUACAAAUAUUUGGGAGUUGAUGUUAAUUAAUCAAGAAAAAGUCUUUCCUUUUAAAUUUUUUGUUAAUUUAUAAAUAAUUUAAGCUAUACUUAAGUAUAUAUUUAUUUCGUAAAAUAUUAUUAGUUUUUGUGUUAUCUAUUUGUAGUGAAUUAAUAAUUUUAAUACUUUAAAGUUUACAGUAAAAAUGAGUAAUUUAAAUUACAUACAAGAUACUAUGAAUGGUAAUCCUGAAAUUAUCACUCAAAGAAGUAUUUACCAAAUUGAUACAGUAAAUAAUGAAAAGAGUAGGCCUGUUAAUAAAAAACACAAGAAAAAACGAAAAUGGUCUGAUAACAUUCGAUCUACUCUACCAAUAAUCGAUUGGUUAUUUUUGAAUUAUAAUUGGUCUGGAUGGCUUAUGGAAGAUACUAUGUCUGGAAUUACAGUAGCUGUACUAAAUAUACCUCAAGGAAUGGCAUACUCUAUUUUGGCAAAUGUCGAACCAACGGUUGGCUUAUAUAUGGCCGUUUUUCCGGUUUUAAUAUAUGCAAUAUUAGGAACAUCCAAACACAUAUCUUUAGGUGUGUUGUCCGUCACUUGUCUGAUGACUGGUAAAAUAGUUUCUGAGUAUGCUAAUGACCUUGCUGAUGAACCCACAGGAUAUUCAGAAUUGCAAGUAGCAACCGCUGUCACUAUGGUGGUUGGUAUUGUACAGCUUUUGAUGUACGUAUUUCGUUUGGGCUUCAUAUCAACUAUCUUAUCAGAUACUUUAGUCAGCAGUUUUACCGGUAGUGUUUCAGUUAUAGUACUCACUUUACAAUUUAGAGAACUCUUAGGAAUAGAAGCUGAUCGAAGACAAGGACUACUUCACGUACCUUUUACUUAUUAUGACUUUGUUGAUUGUUUUCAUACAAUCAAUUGGAUAACCACCACAGCAUCAAUGAUUACUAUACUAACAUUAGUUUUAUAUAACAAGUACCUAAAAGAAAAAAUUAAUAAAAAAACGUUCAUUCCUAUACCAAUUGAACUAAUUGUAACUAUCAUCAGCACUUUAAUCUUUCAAUUCACCACUAUCGCCCAAGAUCAUCAUAUGAAAUUGGUGGGUGAGAUUAAAUCUGGUUUACCUACUUUUGAAGUGCCUCCAGUCAAAUUGUUUCAAUCAGUAUUAUUUGACAGUUGUGUUAUCGCCUUAGUAGCGUAUUCAUUUUCAAUGUCAUUAGCUCUACUUAUGUCAGAAAAGAUGAAGUAUGAACUAGAUAAUAACCAAGAGUUAUUGGCUCAAGGUAUGAGUAACGUAAUAGGAUCGUUUUUUGCUUGUUUACCGUGUGCUGCAUCACCUUCCCGUAGCGCCUCAAUGCAAGCUAUUGGAGGUAAGACUCAAAUGGCUAGUAUAGUGUCAGCAGGAAUAAUUGUAGUUAUUUUACUAUGGAUUGGUCCUGUUUUUGAACCUCUUCCUCGCUGUGUAUUAUCUAGUAUAGUAGUAGUGGCACUUAAGGGUAUAUUUAUUAAAAGCUUUGAUAUUAUAAAAAUUUGGAAAAAAUCAAAAUCAGAUAGUAUUAUAUGGAUUGUAACAUACUUAACAGUUAUUUUGUACGAUAUCGACAUAGGACUAUUAGCUGGAGUCGUUGUAUCUUUAGUAGUAGUUUUAUUUAAAAGUUUGUUGAUUCAAAUGCAUGUAUUAGGUCGAAUAUCCAAUACUGACCUUUAUGUAAAUUUGGAUACGGUUAGUAAUGCUGUUGAAAUACCGAAUAUUAAAAUUAUACAGUUCAUAGGCAACUUAAACGUUUUAAAUCGAUAUUCGUUCAAAAAGAAAUCAACAGAAAUAACAAAAUUUGGAAGUAUCAGCGAUAUAUUACCAUUAAAUGAUGUCGUUAUAGCUGAUAAUUCGAAUGGAAAAGUAAAUAAUAAUAAUGAUUUACGAAAAUGCGUGGUCAUUGACCUUUCUGGUCUUCAAUAUAUAGACUUAGCUGGAGCAAAAAUGCUUUUGGAUUUGACAAAUUCUUUGAUCUCUGACAAAAUUGAUGUAUAUAUAGCGGCUAUACCGAUAAAACCUUAUAACUUCCUCAGAGAUUUUGAUUUAAAAAAUUUAAAAUUGAUUAAAUUUUUUCCGACAGUACACGACGCCGUGUCAUUCCAUCUAAGUAACAACAACAAUUUCAAAUCUCUAAGUAUUAUCCUACCUUAAAAUAAUACAAUGCUACUGAAAUAAUCAUUAUUUAUAUUAAUUGUAAUGAUAAUUGUUACUAUUAAUUGAUAUGUCAAUAUUGUAAUUUAUUUUUAAAUUAAUUAAGAGUUGUUAAAAAUGUAAACAUUUGUACAAAUUAUUAUGUUGAUUAAUUGUAUUUAAACUGUGAUUACAAUCUUUUUAUACAUAUAUUUGUUUAAAAUAUAUUUUAUUAC